AUGUCAAUGCAGAAAUCAAAUAACAACCCUGUUUUGGUAUAUAACUCGCUACUGGCGCGUCGCCCGUUGCUCACCAAAAUAGCAACCGGGGCAAUUCUCAGCGCGCUCAGCGAGCUGAUAAGUCAAUGCACCACUACCAGCACAAGGAAAACCGACGAAAAGCACACCACAGGCUUACAAGGGAUCAAAGCGUUCUUGCAGAAACCAAAAUAUCGUAAACUGCUGGCAAUGCUUUUGUACGGCGGCAUCGUGAACGCUCCCAUCAACCAUUUCUUCUACCAGUGGCUCACUUUGUUCACCAGUAGACGCGUAGCACCCAAAUGGAGACGUCUUGCACAACUUUGCGGGUCUUGGUUUGUCAUCAGCCCCGUCCAGGUUUUUGGGCUGCUCACUGCGCUCACGUUGGUGAAUUUAGAGCCCGGAGAGACCCGUGGUGGUCUCGUGAAGGAGAAAGUUAAAGCUGUCCGGAAUAGUUUGCAUACUCGUUACGGUCCCAUGCUCACCAGCAGUAUUUUGAGCUCUACUGUGUUUGUUUCCGUAGCACAGCAGUUUAUCGCACCCGAGAAAUGGUCAGUUUUCUUUAGCUUUGCAUACGCUAUGCUUAACACAGGGCAAAACAUAUACAUGAAGAUGUCAUAG